AUGUCGACAUCCCCGACGACCUCUCUGCCCUCGCGGCCCGUUUCCAGCCGUUCGAGCCGCGCAUCCUCGCGUGCUUCGCUCAAGCUCGAUCUCUCCAACUUGCCACCACUCUCACAACCCGUCACACCGACAAACACUCUCCUGAUCACCAACCUUAACGAUCUCGAGAUCUUUCGACCUGACAAUCUUCAAACUAUCAAGGACCUCAUCUGCCAGACUGCCCCUGUAAACUCUUGGUCGCCACUCAAGUCCUUCCGGCGCAUCGUGUGCUCCUUUGCCGAUGAGCAGGCGGCGAUCAAGGUGCGAUCGAUUUGGGAUGGCGAGGCCAUCAUGGGCGAGCGCUGCCGUGUCUACUUUGGCCAGCACACGCCACUCAACCUGAACCAAGACCAGCACCUGGCGCUUCCCGAUGCUGGUAAGCUCUUCUUCAUCAGCCCUCCCCCGUCGCCACCCUGUGGCUGGGAGAUGCGCCUCGAGGAUGCGCCCAACAAGCUGGUCCACGCUGAGGACCUGGCUGAUGCGCUGGCCAAGCUGCACCACCGCAAUGUGCCAUCCAUUGACUCUCCCAUCUCACCGAUUGAGGGCGCCUCGGCGACAACCAGGAGUCGCAGCAGCACUCUUAUUUUCCGGCCAGAUGAGCCUACCAAGGGCAGCCCUGCACUUCCCUGCAUUGCCGUUGAUGACAUGACGGAUUCGCCGAUAGAUAUGGACGUCAGCCCUCUCGGCACGGAGAAGCCGAUCCUGGCACAUACUGCAAGACCGCCAGUGGAGCUCAUGGAGAUGUAA